AUGGCUAAGGAUAACAAAGAUAAGAAGAGAAAGAACGAAGAAGAAACCUCUACUUCUCCUGAAAAGAAAAUAAAAUUGAGUAAGUCAGACAAGAAGGAAAAGAAGGAUAAGAAGGACAAGAAGGACAAGAAAGAAAAGAAGGAAAAGAAGGAAAAGACAGAGAAGAAGGAGAAGAAAGAAAAGAAGGAUAAAAAGGAAAAGAAGAGAAAGAACAACAAUGUAACCAAAACCAUAACCGGUGAUGCACAAUCUUCUCAAGGUUAUACUCAAUCAGAAACCUUAACUUCCUUACCACAAUCCGAAGUUGAUUCCUUCUUGGCAACCAAUGAAGUUACCAUUGAAGAUCCUCACAAUUUAAACCUUCGUCCAUUAUUAUCAUUCGAUCAAAUGGAAAUAGAUCCUAAGAUCCAAAAAAUCAUUUCCAAAUUCCCAAAACCAACUCCUAUUCAAUCUGUGGCUUGGCCAUACUUGUUAAGUGGUAAAGAUGUCAUUGGGGUUGCUGAAACUGGUUCAGGUAAGACUUUUGCAUUUGGUGUUCCAGCAAUUAACAACAUCAUAACGUUAAACAAGACUGGAUUAAGAGUAUUAUGUAUCUCUCCAACCAGAGAAUUAGCAUUACAAAUUUAUGACAAUUUAGUUGAAUUAACAAAUGCAACUUCAAUUAAUUGUGUUGCCAUCUAUGGUGGUGUAUCUAAAGAUGAUCAAGUUAAGAAAUUGCGUAAUGCUAAUGUUGUUGUUGCUACUCCAGGUAGAUUAUUGGAUUUAAUCAAUGAUGGAGCAGUUAACUUGAGUAAUAUCGAUUAUUUGGUUUUAGAUGAAGCCGAUAGAAUGUUAGAAAAGGGGUUCGAAGAAGAUAUUAAAUCUAUUAUUGGUAAUACUCAUGCUGAGAAUAGACAAACUUUGAUGUUCACUGCUACUUGGCCAAAAGAAGUUAGAGAAUUGGCUAAUACUUUUAUGAAAACUCCAGUUAAGGUGAGUAUUGGUGAUCGUGAUGAAUUGGCUGCAAACAAAAGAAUUACCCAAAUUGUUGAAGUUGUUAACAGAUUUGAUAAAGAAAAGAUAUUAUUAAACUUAUUACGUAGAUAUCAAUCUGGAGAUAAGAAGAAUGAUAAAGUAUUGGUGUUUGCAUUGUAUAAGAAAGAAGCAUCAAGAAUUGAAAUGUUAUUAAAGAGAAAUAAUUAUAAGGUUGCAGCUAUUCAUGGUGAUUUAUCUCAACAACAAAGAACUCUGGCCUUAAACUCAUUCAAGACCGGUGAUUCAAGUUUAUUAUUAGCUACUGAUGUUGCAGCCAGAGGAUUAGAUAUUCCAAAUGUCAAAGUUGUCAUUAAUUUAACUUUCCCAUUAACAGUUGAAGAUUAUGUUCAUAGAAUUGGUAGAACUGGUAGAGCUGGUCAAACCGGUAUCGCUCAUACCUUGUUCACUGAAGAAGAAAAACAUUUGAGUGGUGGGUUAUGUAAUAUUUUAAGAGGAGCUAAUCAACCAGUUCCAGAAGAUUUGUUGAAAUUUGGUGGACAUACUAAGAAGAAGACCCAUAGUGCAUAUGGUGCUUUCUUUAAAGACGUUGAUAUGACCAAGACUGCCAAGAAGAUUAAAUUCGAUUAG